AUGGCAACACCCGAACAUCUUGAAGCAUUUGCACCAUUAUCAUGGGCAACACCAUACCUGAAAUCUUCAAACUGGAUUGCUUGCGACCGCGAACGGGGUAGUGAACCUGGCGAAGAUACGGACCGAUUCUGUCGCGAAACCAUGCGCGCGAACCACGGCGUUCGGCACUGGCUCGAACUGUACGAGAAGCCUGCUCCAGGUGAAAAGGUCACCAAGUCCAUCUCUCUCAUCAAAUACGGGACUGGCCUGAAUGGCUUCCCGGGCAUCUGUCAUGGCGGCGCCCUCUUCACGCUCAUGGACGAAGCCAUGCUGCAUAUCAUGGUCGCCAACACAGUGCUUGAGCAUGGUCUUGGCUUCAUCAAAGUGGGGGAGGAAUACUGGAGACUACAGCUCCACGAAGGACGGUCGGCACAAGAGGUGCUCAAGGGUCGGUUGGCUACCGCAGGCAUGAACAUGAAGUUCCUGGCACCAGUGCUAUGCCCAGGCGUUGUCGGCAUUGAAACGGAUGUGCUAGAGGAUAAAGCAAACAAGAUGAGGAUGAGAGCCAUCAUGAGGGAUCGACAGGGCAGACCGGUAGUUCAGGCUGAGGCAUUAUGGGUCAGGGUAGGAGGAGAUGCAGCCAAACUAUAA